UGUAAUAACUAGAUGUUAGACAAAUGUGAUAAAGGAGAUGGGUGCCAGUUCUUGCAUUCCUGGUUUUAUGGGGAUUGGUUUUCGACAUUGGCAAAGCUCAAGGGGCACAUACAGGCUGUCUCUGGGAUUGCUCUUCCAUCAAGAUCUGACAAGCUUUUCUCGGGUAUUAGUGAUGGAAUAGUACAUGUUUGGGACUGCAAUACUGGUCAAUCAACAAGAGUGAUAAAUCUUGGUAUCAAAAUUGGGACUUUAAUCAGUGAAGGCCCCUGGAUAUUUGUAGGCUUGCCAAAUAUUGUUAAGGAAUGGAACAUUGAGACAGCUGUUGAAUUUAAUCUCGAUGGGCCAGUUGGGCAAGUUAAUGCUAUAGCUGUAGCUGAUGUUAUUGAUAUGCUUUUUGCAAGGGCACAGGAUGGUGCCAUUUUGGCUUGGAAAGGGAGUACUAAGAACCCAAAUCCUUUUGAACUGGCCUCAUCUAUGAAAGGUCACACCAGCGUUGUUAUAUGCUUAACUGUUGGAAGAAAUAGGCUAUACUCUAGUUUUGUGGACAAUACUAUAAGAGCGUGGGACCUCGACACUUUACAGUGUGUUCAUACAUUGAGCGGUCAUAAUGAUGUUGUAACGUCUCUUAUUUGUUGGGAUCAGUGUCUACUAUCUUGUUCAUUAGACAAGACAAUAAAAGCAUGGGCUUUUACUGAAGAGGGUAACUUGGAUGUGACUUAUACACAUAAUGAGGAACAUGCGUUAAUGUUUCUUUGUGGGAUGCAUGAUGCAGAAGCAAAACCAAUUUUGGUUUGCUCUUGCAGUGACAAUACUGUUUACCUGUACGAACUACCAACAUUCAUUGAGAGGGGCAGGAUUUUUUCGAAAAGCGAAGUGAGAACAAUUCAGACGGGUCCUGGAGGUCUCUUUUUCACUGGUGAUGGAAUUGGAACGCUGGACGUUUGGAAGUUGACAGAAUCACAAGGAAGAGCUAUGGAAGUAGCAUGAUAUCUUUGUAACUACCUGUCUUGCAAAAUUUGGUCAUCCUGUUUGAGUUCUGUUGAUUUUUUUUUUUGUAGAAAUUGUAGAACUACGUGGACCUGAUUCUUCAUUUUGUGAUGGAGGUACGUAGGCAGCCUUCGGGUGCGGUCCAAAUUAUGUAAUAACUAUUUUUUGUUUGUUUUAAAUUCUUUUUGUUUGUUUUUCAAUUCACAUUUGCAUUUCACUUGGCUUUUGGAUUUUUGUCAUUUGAGCAAUAUUGUGUAAUAAGGAAUUGAUGUUAUUGUCCUUAAGAA